CAAGGAUCACAGCACUGAACGGGAGAAGGGAUAUACAACCACCGCAGCUUUGUUUGGGAGAACUGCCCAGGGCAAACUGGCAGCAACCAAACACAGGAAAUAAUGCUGUUUUGGAGGAUAGCCAUGUUCAGCGCUCUCAUGAGGGUGCACACCUCUUCCCGGAUUUCGUGGGACUUCAGUUUGGGCUCCUUCAUCUACUCACCUAUUCACAGCAAGUGGGGCAAAACAGAGGACAACACCACACAACUAGACUUACACAGACAAAAGCGUCAGGACAUUUCACCAGAAUACACGAUUGCUGUUGAGAUAAACUUUGUAGAUGCCUUACUGCCGGAGGACCUCAGAAGGUUUUUCAAAAACCUUAGUCUCCCAGUUUUGGUAAACACCUCUGAUUCAUAUGUAAGCAUUUCACAUAUUAAUAUUACUACAGUGUGCAACUCAGCUGGCACUAAUAAUUCUCAUUGUUUCUGUGAACCUGAUUAUGGAUGGUCUGCCAAGAUCUGUGAAGCAUAUCCUGUCUGCCAUAAUACUACAAUUGCAGUGGGAAAGAGCUGCAACUGUAUUGCACAGCUCCCUCCUCAAGGGACCUUUUGUCAACUUCAGUCAGAAGAUAUUCCUUCAGUGCUCAUAACAAAAAUGUCCGUCCGACUUAAUAUACCCUUUGAGAAGGCUCUGUGGGAUUCGUCCUCUGUAUUGUUCAAACAAUAUAAACAUGAUCUCGAGAAGGCAUUUACUGAAGGCUAUUCAACCUUACCGGGUUUCAUAAAUGUAACAGUUACAGGAUUCAGGCCUGGAAGCACCAUGGUUGACUAUGAAGUAACCUCAGCAAGGCAAAUCCCACUUGAAAAUGCGCAUCCCCAAAUAGCAGCUGCCUUACACAACUACUACCAGUUAGCAGCUUCCACAUUUGUAAUAGAAAUCCUGGGUAAAGUAAACAUCUCUGUUUCUCCUGAACACAUUUUCGAGGGAGAUACAGUAAAAAUAGCCUGCACGACAGAAUCCAUUUCAAGAAAAGUGAUCUGGGGUUACAGUGACAUCAAGCGCGACCAUCUCACUGUGACAGAAGUGGUUAAAGAGGGAAGCAAGAUAGCAACCCUGAUAAUAACAGACAUCAGGCUGAAUGAAGCAGGUAAUUUUAGUUGCAAUUUUGAAGAUGACUCAAAGAAAUUGUCCUCAAUAUACAGAGGUGAAGUUAAUAUAGUGGUCUCUCAAAUUAAACUUGUGCCAUCAGAAAAUGUUUUUAUUGUCUGUAAUGGUAGAGACAGAAAAAAACUGAGCUGCUGCACAGAUAGAGAUAUACAACUUUUCUCUCCUUAUUGGAGACCCAGUGGAGCAAUAAAUAUUUCAGGAAGCAUUACUUCUGUGAACAACUGUACCACCUACCUGCUACAGGCUAGUGAAUCUCAGUGCCCAGCAGACAAGUCUGGGACCAGCACCGAUUACACAUGCGAGCUGAAUACUACCUAUGGCGCCCGCGCCAAUAAAAAAAUCAAAGUGACAUAUUUUCGUGAGGCAAAAGUAACCGUUUCUAGUUCAAAGGAAAUUGUUUCCGAGGGAGACACUUUCUUUUUAAUGUGCCAGAGUGAUGUAAGCAAUUUCGAUGAAGUCUUUUGGAAAAUUCAAAAUGGAAAGACUGCUAAGAAGGUAGACAAUAUGUGGUACCACACCACAAAGUACUUCACAGGUGCCACAUCUGUGCUGACUGUACCCAGUGCAAACCAGGAUUGGACUGGCAUCUAUAUAUGCACCUUUUCCCAAAGAUUUUUGACCAGCUCUGGAAACACAAUGAUUAAAGUUAUUCCUUUGCUCCGGGGACAAGAGAUCAUAAGAGAUCCCAUAGAGACAAUAAUUUCUUGUCCAGCAACAAGAAUAAUUCUGGAAUGCUGUACAAGCCGGAUGGAAAACUACACUGUUUUUUUUUUCUCUCAUGAUCACGAUAUGCCUUUAUACUUUAUGGCAGGAAGAAGAAAAAAAUAUAAUCUCAAUUGCUACUAUUACGUACAAAAUUUCACAGAUGUUCACUGCAAUUCCAAAGGACAUACUCUGCGGGUGCAUUGUAUGUUUAUGAAUCAAAUCAAUCAUAAUGUGACAAGUCCAGCUAUGGUUCUAAAUUUUAUACCAGCAAAGAAUGUGAUAUGCAAUUCCUUGGACAUUGGUGUGGGAGCAAAUGAAGCACAGAUCAUAAAGCCUUGCUUAAAUUUCCAUGGGACAAAUACUUCUGUCAGAGGAAACAUCACCUAUAAAUGUGACCAAACAAAAUGGACUGUUCAUAGAAACAGCUGCCUGGCUGGUCCCAUUGAUAACAUUUUGAAUUCUGCUGAGUCUUUGGCCUCCAGUCCAGAGUCACAGAAGAAGUUGCCAACAUUCCUUGAACAACUGGACAAAAUCACCAAGGAGGAACAGGAUGAAAUAAGCAAUUCUGCUGCAAACCUAAAUGCUGUCCUUGAAACCUUGACUUUGGUAUCAGUCAUUCCAGUAGAGGCAAAUGAAGAGAAUAUGGCAAACUUUGCAUCUACUGUAGAAACCAUUAUCGCCAGUCGAACAGAAACUUGGAAGCGUGCAAACAAUGGGAGCUCUCAAUUACUUGCUUCAGUAGAACAAUUUUUAGGAUCUCUCCAACCUAUUAACCAGACUGUUCCUUCCAUCAUACAUGACAGCCUUCAAAUCAAAGGAACUGUUCUUGGCAAAAGCAAUAUUUCCAUUUAUAACAGCAGCUUUGUUUUUCUCCAGUCUGCAGGUCUCAAGGGUGGCGUGCUUAUUGAUGGCACAAAAUUUGAUAUUGAGAAAUCAGUCACUAUAGUCAGUGUGGCUUAUUCAACAAUUGAACAUAUCAUCCCACAGUAUAGAGAGGAAAUAAUAAAUAGUUUGGUAAUGGCAACAGUAAUAAAACCCCAAAUAAAUGAGGAUUUCCAGAUCAAAAUGACUUUUGCAAAGCGUGAAAGGGCCAUGAAAAAUCCACAGUGUGUCUUCUGGAAUUUCAGUUUGGCAGAAGGAGGAGACUGGGAUGACACAGGCUGUGAAACCAAGGAUGAUGGGGACAGUGUCAUUUGCUCUUGCAAUCACACAACUUCAUUUGCCAUGCUGAUGUCUCCCCACCAGGAAAACUCACUGGAUGAACUGACUUACAUCACUUACAUUGGCCUGAGUCUCUCUAUACUGAGCCUGGUGGCUUGCAUUGGAAUAGAACUGCUUGUGUGGAAAUCAGUCACCAAAACAAGAAUUGCAUACAUGCGCCAUGUUUGUAUUCUGAACAUUGCAGUUUCUCUCUUAAUUGCAGACAUCUGCUUCAUUGUUGUUGCUGCAAUGCAUGACCAAAAUUAUGCAGUGGAAGGGAAUCUCUGCAUAGUAGCAACUUUUUUCAUUCACUACUUCUUCCUCUGUGUCUUCUUUUGGAUGCUCACUUUGGGACUUAUGCUCUUCUACCACUUGGUCUUCCUUCUACACAAUGCAAGCAAGACCAUCAUGAAAACCAUAGGCUUCUGCUUGGGAUACAUCUGUCCUCUAGUAAUAUCAGCCAUCACAAUAGGUAGCACUCUUCCAUAUUCCUCUUACACAAGGAAAAAGCUCUGCUUUCUCAACUGGGAGGAAAGCAAAGCCCUCUUGGCCUUAGUGAUUCCUGCCAUGAUAAUUGUUGCUAUUAAUGCUAUUGUUACCAUUGUAGUUAUAGCAAAAAUAUCAAGGCGUUCAAUUGGGGAAAAGUCCAUAAAUGAAGAAAGGAGUGCUUUGUAUCGAAUUGCCAAGAGCAUUGGUGUACUGACACCGCUGUUAGGUCUUACUUGGGGAUUUGGACUGGCCACCGUUGUUCCAGGAAGCCCAACUAUAUUCCACACGUUAUUUACCAUUUUCAAUGCCUUUCAGGGAUUAUUCAUUCUGUUGGGUGGAACUCUCUGGGACAGGAAGGUACGAGAAGCUAUGCUGAAUAAAUAUUCUUUGUCCAGGUGGAGUUCACAACACUCAAAGUCAAUAUCCCAAGGUAUGUCAGCUCCUAUGCUCUCCAUCAAUUCACCUUUUUCAAGGACUUUAAAUAAUUUGUUUGGCAAAGCAGGAAAAUACCAAGUCUCUUCUACAGAAUCAUCAGCUGUAUCUUCUGAAAACACGUCAAAGGCAUAUUCUUUACUGACAUGAGCUCAUAAAUACCUGCAUAUCUGAAAGAGCUCAAAUAUUUUUCCGGGUCAAGUAGUAGCUGCAGAAUAAAUAGUGAAUGAUAGAAUAUUGACUUUACAGAUUGUGGAAAGGAAGUGGCAUUUUAGUUAACAAAUUGUUUUUUUCAGCGUGCCACGUGGUGAACAGAAGAAUAACUGAAAUCUUUAAAACUGGACAUUCAGUGACACGGGCUCUAAUGCUGUUUUACAGCAUUAUUUAUUUUACAGUAUCUUUCAGCGUAGUCAUGUUUGUCCCAAUCCAGUGAUAAAAAUGGACCAGUGGUGGGGAAGACACAUCACAGCCAAGAGCAAAAUACGCAUCCAAAAGGUUACGUGCGCUCAUGUAAAUUUUACUUGCUGGAUGGGAGCGUCUGUUUAUUGUUUUCCUGAAAGUGAAGAAAUUGCUAGUUGGUCAGUUCAGAAGUAAAUGUCAUAAUUUUCAGUGGCUCUUUUCAUUCCCUGGUGCAUCCUUUUCCAGGGCAAAAUUCAAUACGAACUAGGAAGAGCCCCACUGAAUUUAGCAAGACUGGCUUCUGAGUUAGAGCAAUGGAAUUGCACUGAUCACCUUGUAAAUAAACUGGAACAUUUGUGCUGUCAGCCUCUACAGAAACAGAAGCACUUUAUUUUUGUCUUAUAGAAACAUUUCUAGUUCUGUGACUUGUUUUACUAGGGGACAAACAAAGGGGAAUUUUCUAUGUAAAUAUAUAUUUAUGAGAAUACUUAAUAAAACAUGCUUGCCCAGAA